AUGUCGACGCCAAUACUACCAGUCUACUUCGAGUUGAGCUGGUCGAUUCUCAGCACCAUCGGCGCUGCGAACGUGUUCUUCGGGCUCCUCAUCGUCGGAAUCACGACCUUUUCUCAGAUCACUGUGGUACCGAUCAUCUCAUCCGCGGCGGGAGCCAUCGCAAACGGUCUUUGCUACUACGCAUAUUAUGACGAAGGGUAUGGGCUGAAGAACAAGGCAGCUGCUUCAGCGUUCGGGGAUCUCUUCUGGCUGAUACAGGAGGUCGGGCUGUCGUUUUAUAGCUACGUGCUCCUGCGCAGGAUACUGAAGGAUCGGGGGUGGAUGAUCUUCAACAGCCUAUUUUGGAUCAUUAUCGCCGCCCUCGUUGCGCUCCGGAUCAUGAUCGCCACCUCACGCAUCAAAUUCAUCCUGCGAGGAAACACGAAUCUGCAGAGCACGGUGAAUAAUCUCCACAUCGCCUACUUCGUCCUCAUCGCAACGUUGGAAUGCGUGAGCGCCUUCUUCCUACUGAAGACGUUUGCCGAGGUCAAAUCGACGUCGAUUCGAGCGGCAUUGAAAGGUGGUCUGUUCAAGUACCUCAUGAGGAGUACCGAGGUCCGACUUGCGACGCUUGCCAUCCUCGGAACGAUGAGAGCCAUCACGUACUCAUUUCAGAUGACGGCUCAGAGCGCGACAAAUGCCGCGAGCCAGUUAGAUCGAUUUGCGUACACAUUGGAAUGUCUAUUCCCCGUCGUCAUGUUGUAA